AUGGGCCCACCACCCGUUCUAGUGGAGAGAACUAAGAUGAUGGAACGGAUGAAGAGAGAAUCGGACAGCCAGAGUAGUCAACCACUGAGAGUUAGUGGUCCAGUGACGACGAGGAGUGGAUCCAGUUCCAGAGUGACUCCUUACUCUAGACCUGCUGCUUCCCAUGGGUCUAGAGGAUCUUCAUCAUCUCACUCCUCCGUUCAUCAAACUCCAGUGAGUACGCCUGGAGGUAUCCGCUGUUUUGGGUGUGGCGGACCCCAUCUACUAUCUGUCUGCCCUCAGAAGACAGGAUUCCGGAGGUGUAACAGGUGCGGACAGCCGGGACACUUUGAGAGAGACUGCCCUAUGGGUAGGAGGACUGUUGUUCAUCCCCAGCCGGUUGACAGAGCUAUCCGGAGGGGUGGUGUUAGACCCUUGGCGACGGGUAGAGUGUAUGCAGUUACUGGUGCAGAGGCUGCCAGCUCAGGUAAUCUCAUCACUGGUAGCUGUUUGUUGCGUGAUCAGACUUGUAUGGUAUUGUUUGACUCGGGGGCAACACAUUCCUUUAUCUCGGAGGAAUGUGUUGAGAGGUUGGGAUUAGCUAUGGAGAGAUUGCACUUCGAUCUGGUAGUGUCUACACCAACAUCUGGGUUGAUCAAGACAUCGAGUGUCUGCAUUCGAUGCCCGAUUGUGGUAGAGGGACGUCGGUUCAAGGUGAACCUCAUCUGCUUGCCUUUGCAAGGAUUAGAAAUCAUCCUUGGUAUGGAUUGGUUAUCUACCAAUCAUAUUCUCUUAGAUUGCGGUGAGAAGAAAUUAGUAUUCUCUAAUGAGCACGAGUAUCAGCCUAUAUCACUCGGCGUUCUUAGACAGGAGAUCUUUGAGGGAGCUAGCUGCUUCCUUGUCAUGUCUCACUUAGAGGGAGACUCCUCCAUGCCAUUAGAUCAAGUUGCCAACCUUCCAGUGGUAGCUGAAUUCUUAGAUGUCUUCCCUGAGGAAGUUCCUGGACUACCUCCUCCUAGAGAGUACAGAAUAACUAUCUACAGUACAGAUACAAUAACCUCCCAUGAAAUUCCACACAAAAACCUUGCGAUCCACGUUCAAGCACUUCGCGAUUCACGUGAUCGCAACCCUUACUCCAAUGCACGCCCUAAUUUACCAAUUUUGGCAUCUUCACCUCUGCUUGCAAACACUGAGUUUCACCUUUGUUAG